AUCAGUUGCCGAUAAAUAUAAAUCGUAGUUUUAACGUUCAUGGCACCAUUUGUUGAAUCUACCAGCACGUAGCAACACUUAUAAUAUGGAUUUUAAUAACUACGAAAAUUUUAAUAUACACGAUAUUGAUUACAUGAAUAAUAAUCACAGAACGGAAAAUUACUUAAAUCUAAAUGAUGGAAAUGUUGAAAACGAAGACGAAGUAUUGUUUUUCGACGAAGCCUGCAUUGACGAGAGUCAUCUAACUGAAACUUGCGUAAAUAAUGCGAUUCACGAUGUGAGAAGCUCACCAUUCUCACAUCGUCCGACCUCUGUGGAUUUUUGGCCCAAUAGCAAUAUUUCUGUAUUACCAUCUGAAGACGAAAACGAAAGCUUCAUUGAAUAUACCAGACAAGAUGAAGAUGCAACGAAUCUGAAAAGAGUUUGCUUAGAAGCCCAGGACCAACGUGAGCUAGCCAACAAAAGUAGUGGGCCACACGUCUUAAGUAACAAGGUUGAUCAACUACAUGAUAGUGCUCAACUAGUUGGAUACGGAAUAUAUUCCAACGAUAAUUUACAGAUUAAAAAUGCCACAGAAAAUGCUAGAAAAAUUGAGGUACAAGAACGGAAUAGGCGUGCAGCCCAAAAAAGCAGAGAAAAGAAAAAGAAAGAAACUCAGACCAAUCAAGAGAUUAAUCAAAAACUGGUUAAAAAAAAUGAAGGAUUGAGAAAAAGUGUUGGAGCUUGGCUUAUGGAAUGUGCUUAUUGGGAGAAAGCUUGUGUAGAUCUAGGUAUUGACAUCCGUGGUUAUGUCAGUAACUGUUCGACCAGAAAUGUUGACUCAACAUUAGGCAUGCCAGAGGAAUUAGUAUCUUUUGUAUUAGGAGACACUUUGUCAAGUACACAGGAGAUUAGAGAUAAGCUUAAUCUACCAGAUGCAUCAAGUACACGGGAGAUUAGAGAUAAUCUCCAUAUACCAGAUGCAUCAAGUACACAGGAGAUUAGAGAUAAGCUUAAUCUACCAGAUGCAUCAAGUACACGGGAGAUUAGAGAUAAUCUCCAUAUACCAGAUGCAUCAAGUACACAGGAGAUUAGAGAUAAGCUUAAUCUACCAGAUGAGUUUAGUUACAAUAAUUCAUAUGCCAGAUUUUCGCAUGACAUAAAUAUUAAAAAAUUGCAAGAACCCCAUGUUUUAUGCUAUGAAAACGAUAAGAAUGUCUUUUCAGUACACAAAAUAAACAGAAAUACAAAAAGUGAAACCUAUUUACCAACUGAAUCCAAAAAACGUAGGCUAUGUUAGUUACUUUGACAGCAAAUAUUUUGGAAUUUUAAAAGUAACCAAAAAUAUGAAUAAAAUGUACUUUGUGACGCAAAAACAAAUGUAAAUAACAUGUAAAUAGAAAAUAUAUAUUUAAAUAUUAUAAGUAUUUACAGGGCUUUGUUUGACUACUUUAACUAUGUAUGUUUGUAUUAAUAAUGUACAGGUAGUACUUUGUGUAACACAAUUACAAAAUGUUGAACAGAAAAUGUAGACUUUAAUUAAUCCUAUUCGUCAUAAUUUUUUUAUCAAUUUCAUAUUGUAAUC